AUGGAGUCCGGUUCAAUUUUACACGAUGAAGAUAUUCGAGCUUUAGCACCCGAAAUGAGUCUAUCCCAAUUUCGGAUUGAUGACUUUGAAGAGUUUCAACCUUUGAAACAAUUCUCGAAGCUCAAUUAUGCAAUUUGGGGUCUCGAUGUAAUGGUUCUCGUGAGCAUCACUGGAACCACAUACUUAUGUUAUUGCUCAAAUGGACAAUAUUACAAUCAGAUUGGUGGAUGUCCUGGACAAAUGACAACAACGAUUCCUGUUGGGAAA